GCAGAGCAGCGGUGAGGCUCUGGCACUCUGCUGGCAGCCUCCGGCGCCGCCAGCCCUGCAGCUCCGCCGCUGACCGGGGAGCGCACGGGGCUCCGCAGCCCGGGUCUUUCCUUCCCUCCCUUCCAAAACUGUCAGGCACAAAUGGGCAGGAGGAUAUUGGCUGCAAGGGGCGCGGAGGCUCCUCCCAGAGCCUGGAUCCCGAUAUUUUUGGAGGAUUUCUUCUAACUCAGUUACAAACCUUGGUGAAGGGAACAAGUUGCCACUGUAGCGGAGGCAGAAAGCGCCUCUGCUUGAGGGGAGCGCGGCUCUCGCUCCUUCUUUCGCCUUCCCAAGGCUACCUCGGAUGCUUCACCUCACUUGCGGAUGAGAGCUGUGCUGCCUAUCGGGGGAGACCGCUUCUGAUUUGGAUGUUGCUGUUUUUGUGAAAACAAGGGUUGUAAGGGAAUGAAAGGGGAGACAAUGAAGAAAAACCGACCGGGAGAGAACCCCAGCCCCAAGCGUUUUCCCGAGAACUGACGGGUGUUUUGGGGCUGAGCGAUCCCGUCGGAGGCGGCGGAGGGAGCAAGCCUGCCCGCGCCGCAGGGGACUUCCCGGGACCGGCUAUUCCCUUCGGAUGCGGACUGGGAAACCUGUAGGAAAUUCUCCCGCCGCCCAGCGAAGCCACCAUGAAUUCAGUGGCUGGAAAUAAGGAGAGGAUUGCGGUCACGGCGCGGAGCAGAAAAUAUGGGGUGACCGACCCCUGCUCCCCCACCAAGCCCGCCGCCCCCUUCUCCCCCGAGAGCUGGUACCGGAAGGCGUACGAGGAGUCCCGGGCUGGCGGUCGCCCGGCUCCGGAGGGAGCUGGCUCUGCCCUGGGCUCCUCCGGCACCCCGUCCCCCGGCUCCGGCACCUCUUCGCCGGGCUCCUUCACCGGCUCGCCGGGACCCGCCUCGCCCGGCAUCGGCACCAGCUCCCCCGGCUCCCUGGGCGGCUCGCCGGGCUUCGGCACCGGCUCGCCGGGCUCCGGCAGCGGUGGCGGCUCCUCGCCGGGCUCGGACCGCGGCGUCUGGUGCGAGCACUGCAAUGCCCGCCUGGCGGAGCUGAAGAGGCAGGCGCUGAAGCUCCUCAUCCCCGGGCCCGUCAGCAGCAAGGUGAGCGCGGGGCCGGGGGAGGCGGGGGGGUCCCUGUGCCCGGAGCGGCCCCCGGCAGCCGCCAGGGCUGUCGGCCACCUGGGCUCCCCUCUGCCGGUGUCACCGCCGAGCGCUUUGCCGUUUAUUUGUGUUCUCCCCCUUCUUGGUCUUGUUCCCUUUUUCUAUCUCCUCCUUCUGCUUCAUGUGGAGCAGCGUGCCUCUGUCUCCGGAGGGCUGUCUGGCUUCAGGAGCAUCUGUGAUAGUUCUUUCAGCGUGCUUUUCUCCGUCUUUCAUUGUAUUGACAGUGAUUCUGUGCUAUUUCCUGAGCGUUUUUAA